UGCUAUUGGCUAUGGAAAUGAACUCAUUAUUGGAAUCAGAUUGGGCAUGGCUUCCUAAGGAUUUAUUAGCUACGAUUCUCGACAAACUGGUUUUGCUGUCCGAUUAUGUUCGCUUUGGUGUAGUCUGUAAAGAAUGGCAGUAUGUAGUAAUGGAGAACAAAGUUGAAUUCCUUCAAAAGAAGUGUUGUAGACAAGUUCCAUUCUUAAUGGUUCCUACAGAAGAUAAUAGGGAGGAAAGACGUAGUCUAUACAGCAUCACUCACAAUAAAUUAUAUGACUUUCAGUUACGGCUUCCUCCGAUUAUGGACCGUGCAGAAUUUGACCACGUUGAAGACUAUAUUGAUAUCGACCCCGAAAUUGGAUAUUACGACACAACACCUGUUGAGGAUGAAGUUGAUUUUGAAGUUAUGAAAGCUACAGUGUCUGCUGAUCCUGUUUUAUCUCCUAAUGACUAUAUUCCAGGAGACAAAGCUUGGACUUACAUUGAUAGAGAGAGAUUUUUCCUCAUCCAUGAUGUCAUAUAUUAUAAAGACAAUAUUUUUGCAGUUGGUUAUUGGAGUAGAAUCAUAAUGGUUGAUCUUAAUAAAAGGGUUGGGGAGAGUAUGGCUGCUCAAGUGAAGGUAAUUGCACCAAAGACUGAUGUUGUUUUUGAUCGGACGUAUCUUGUUGAAUCAUCUCGCGGGGAUUUACUUCUUGUGCAAAGGAAUAUGGUAUAUGAUGAACAUAAUGAUUGUAAGCAUGAAACUACAGGGUUUAAGGUUUUCAAGUUGCUCUUAGAGCAACUUGAACAGGGUUUGCCUAAGCGGGUUGAAAUGAAGGGCUUGGACGGAGACGCCAUGUUUUUGGGAGAUAACCAUUCAAUUUGUAUUUCAGCUUCCAAAUGGCCAGGCUGCCAGCCAAAUUCUAUAUACUACACCGAUGAUUAUAUUGACCUUCAUUUCCAUCCCCCAUGUGGUCGCCGUGACAAUGGCAUCUUCAAUGUAGAGAGUGGAAGCUUUGGGACACAUUACACUCUUGAUCCGUCACAUAAUCAUAUGCCGCCCUCAAUUUGGAUUUUGCCAACUAUGUUAGGAAACUGA